GCAGGCGCGCGCCCUGUCACGUCACGUCACGCGAGAAAGCGCAGAACCGGAGCGAGAAAAAAAAAUAACAACAAGAAGAACAGUUUCCUGCGAAUCCAGGACCGCAGACAUGUCCAGCGCGUCGUCAACAGUCCCGGAGGAUCGCGUGGACUCGUAAAGGCUAUGAAUUUCUCUGAGCAUGGAGAAGCUUCAGACAAUGCAAUGCUUGAAAAGGAACAGAAGCAUGUCCAGGACAUUAAAGAGGAGAUGGAGGACAUCGCAAUCUGCGAGCCGCCCGACGGGGUUGAAGGUGGAACUCCGACUGAGGCAGGAAAACGGCCAUCUGCAAAGAUGGGAGCAGACGCAAAGCAGUCCACCGGCAGCAAGAGAGCCAGAGUGUCUGGUGAGACGAGGAAGCACUUGAUAGAUGAAGGCGGCCGACUCGAGCCUCUUUGCCUCACCACAACUGGGGAGAAGGAGUGCAUCCCCGAGAAAUCCAGAGUGUCCUACAGAAAACCCCUCUUCAGCAUCUCCCACCGGAUCUCGGAGAAGAGAAACACGCCAGGUCUGGAGCAGCAGGCCAGUCAUGGAGCUGGGAAUCAGCUGAGCUACAAUAACCUCCUUUCAUCGAAGCUGCAGAGUCAAGAGGAAAAUGGACAACUGGACGCCUUCCCCGCCACAGACGGUUCAGGCCAGGUUUCAGAAGUAGACUCUAAUCUCUACCCACUAAUAGAGAAAAUGUUUUUCAUUUUGAACACGCUCAACUCUAGCAUGACACAGCUGCAUAGCAAAGUGGACUUGUUGACCCUAGAAGUCAUGCGAAUAAAGAAGCAAAUCAAGCCCGCAGAGAUGGUCACAGAGUUCCUGCCUCCUCCGGAGUAUCUCCUAACGAGUGAGGAGUUAAACCAGCUGAUGGAGCAGACGUCCAGUGCUGGGGAGCUUGGGUGUCGACUGCUGGUGCAUCUCUUCCCAGAGCUGUUCAAAGCCAGGGAGUGCUCCCACGAGUGCAUGGCGAGCAAGAGAACACUGGAGUCUUUACAUCUGCAGCUUAUUCGUAACUAUGUGGAGGUAUGCUACCCCUCGGUGAAGAACAACAGCGUCUGGCAGGAUGAAUGCCUCCUUCAGAUUAAUGACUUCUUUAAUCGCUUCUGGGCACAGAGAGACAUGGAAAGUGCUCGGCUGCUCAGGAAGCAGAGAGCCACCGGCGCUGGGAUAAAAGCUGAGCAUCAGCAAACCUAUCAUUUCAUUAACGAGCAGGGUCAGGACGAGCCCGCCUCUCUGGACAACCAGCAGGGCAGCGUGGCCUCGUCAGACCUGGAUACGCAAAACGCCGAGGAGCUGGACGAGUUCUCCUCCCCCGAAGACUUUGUUAUCUUUCUAAUGCACCGUCUGUUUCCGGAGGUCUUUGAAGAGGGGAAGUUGCCAGAAGGGUCCAGUAGUUUCAGUAGCGUGGGGCAGCUUAUUCUGGACUCGGACAAGAUGGAAAUAAUACGAAAGUACAUGGAAACCAAUUUUCCAGAUGUGCCUGAGGAUAACUGGCUCCAGGUGUGCAUCCAGCACAUGGAGGAUGCACUUGAGGGUCCCCACAGUAACGGCAUGGGGAGUGAACCUGACAAUGUCAAUGAUGAGGGCUAUGACCUGGCGAGCCUGCCGGAAGACGUUUCUAUCAUCAGGGUUCCAGAGGUUGAAGAUUACGAAAGACCCAGUCGCAAAUCCAAAAAGUCCCUGCUCACACCUAUACACUUUGACAGUCUGGAGAUCGCGCUGCCUGACUUUCCUGUCCCGUCGGAGUACCUGCUGUCAAAGGAGCAGCUCAAGAACAACUAUGAAUGUAGCUUGUCCAUUGGGAACUUUGCUUCCCGGCUACUGGUGCUUAUGUUCCCCGAGCUCUUCACCCACGAAAACACAAGGAAGCAGUAUAACUGCAGCGGCUCCCUUGGGAAGAAGCAGCUGGACCCCGUUCGCAUAAACCUCAUCCGUCAUUACGUACAGUUGGUGUACCCUCGGGCCAGGAACGACAGAGUGUGGAUGCUGGAGUUUGUGGGGAAACUGGACGAGCGGUGCAGGAGACGCGACACGGAGCAGAGGAGGUCCUACCUGCAGCAGCGCAAGGUGUUCGGCCAUGAGUCGGAGCAGGACCUGCUCUGCCAGCUCAACCAGCUCAACCCUGAUCACAUCAAAGAGGAUUCAGACAUCCCCUCGUUACCUCCCGAGAAAAGUAGCAAGGACUUUUGCAAGAUUCCCCUGGAUGAGCUGACCGUGUCUAACCCGGAUUUUCCCGUACCUUCCGCCUACCUGCUCUCAGACACGGAGGUGCGGGAGAUCGUCCAGCAGAGUCUCUCUGUUGGGAACUUCGCCGCCCGCCUCUUAGUGCGUCUCUUCCCGGAGCUGUUCACGCAGGAGAACCUGCGGCUGCAGUACAACCAUUCAGGGGCCUGCAACAAGAAGCAGCUGGACCCCGUUCGCCUCAGACUGAUCCGUCACUAUGUGGAAGCCGUGUAUCCUGUGGAUAAGAUGGAGGAGGUGUGGCACUACGAGUGCGUGCCAAGCAUCGAUGAACGCUGCCGGCGUCCAAAUCGCAAGAAGUGUGACAUUCUCAAAAAGGCCAAGAGGUCGAGCACGGUGUCCUAGUUCCAGUACUCUGCAGUACACACGUUUUGUUAUAAAAAUAACUGCACGGUACAUAAGCUGAAAACAUGUUGAACUUCUACCAACUGUCCUCUAGGAUGAAGCCAAGCUGUUUCCUGAGUAGUAUUCUGAACUGUAUUUUAUGGUUUCACUACAGCAGUAGAUGUUGUAGUUUCUGUAGUCUUAUAAUUGUUGGAUAAAGAGUUAAAGUGCUUCUAUUUAUAAGCCAAAACUGUCGUAGCUUAUCUAACAUACUUGUUUGAUAAAUGUUGUAGCCUUAAAGCCGUAACAAUGAUAGUAGCUAAUAGCAGAGCUCACACGUUUGCUCUUUGGAUGUAUCACUAGGACGUGAUACGUUUCCACAGCAGUUACUGAUGUAGCAUUGUGCCACCACUGUUUUAAUAACAACGUGCUUAUGUUAAGCCUUCUUAUAGAAGUUUAUAUUACAAAGACAAUUUAACAUGACUAUGGCUCAUGAUAGACUAUUUCUAAUAAAACAACAGUUAUAAAUGA